AGGGAAGCGACCCGCUCACCCGCUGAGCUUAGCAGCGAUGGCGUGAGGGCGGAGAUAGGAGUGAAGAGUGGGCUUCAUGUCUGGGAGGUGGUGUGGAGGCCUGAACACAGAGGGACUCAUGCCGUUGUGGGCAUUUCGAGGCAGGACUGUCCCCUGCAGUCUUCAGGGUACAAUGUGCUGGUGGGGGCAGACUCACAGUCCUGGGGAUGGGAGCUCAAAACCAAUCAGCUCUGGCAUGGUGGGCAAACUCUGAAGCUUUACCCAGAAAAUGGGAGUAGGAGGAGGAGUCACUCUGAGGUGGCAGCUGAUUCAAAGUCACAGUCCUCCUCUUCAUCAAACGCAAAGAUGGCACAAACACCUCUCCUCAUUCCUGAGCGUGUCCUGCUGGUUCUGGAUGCCGAUGCCGGGACUCUGGGGUUUGUUGUCAAUGGGAGCUUCCUUGGCGUAGCUUUUAAGGACCUCCCUCGAGAUGUGGAGCUGUUCCCAGCAGUGAGCAGUGUGAGAGGAGGAGCCUGCAUUCGACUGCGCUACCUGAAUGGUUCUACACGAGAUCCUCCAUCCCUCAUGGCUUUAUGCAUACUGUCGAUUCGUCAGAAUUUAGGACAGAAGAGGUUAAAACAUACGGACAAAUUGCCUCUACCCCCUUUUCUCCAGCGCUGUCUGGCUCCCAGUCAUUAAUCUUCCACGCAAUCUUUGUCACACAGAAAACCAUUACUGCUAGAAGUUCUUCUUUAUAAGCUUUUGUACUUGCUAUGUAUUUGGUUUUGGCUUAGUUAAAACCUCCUGAGACCCAGUAAUUCAUUUUUGUGCACUGUAGUACACAUUUAGUUUUUGCUUGUAUCACUCACACUCUACAUGCCACUCUGCUGAGUCCUGAU